CUCGCAUUCGCCCUGGUUCUGACGCCGGUCACCUCCACCUGUGCUGCACGUGAGCUAUGAGAGUCCGCGCAGCUGCCUGGGUGGUGUCGCACUGCAGCACCCACUCCAAGAGGGAGGAAUACGUCCAGAAGCUCGCACGGCAUCUUGUCGUGGACAUCUACGGCAGAUGCGGAACGCUUAAGUGCCCCAGCGACCAAGGCGGUGGAAGGAACGCGGAGGCCUGCUACCGAACUCUUGCUGCGUCGCACUUCUUCUACCUGUCAUUUGAGAACAGCCUGUGCGAAGACUACAUUACAGAAAAGUUCUGGCACGCUCUGCGGGCGGGUAUAGUGCCGGUGGUGCGUGGAGCGUCGCCCGAGUCCUACCGUCGCGUGGCCCCACCCAACUCCUUCAUUCACGUGCAGGAUUUUGCCAGCGUGCAGCUGCUGGCAACCUAUCUCACAUCUCUCAUGGAGAACCGCACCGCGUAUGAAAGCUACUUCGCAUGGCGCA